AGUGCUUUUGGCUCCGUGCUGCAGAGGUGGGCUGAAGGAGGCGCCUGUCUCCUCAUCACCUCCUCCUCUCCUCCCUUCAGGGGAAGCAGCAGCUGGGACCUGGAAGCGGAGGACUAUGUUUGUUUUCCUGCUCAGCCUGCUGGCUCUGCCGCUUGCGGCUCCUCACGCCGGCGGCAGCGUGGCUCUGGCCCCGCUCGGACAGCCAUCCCUCCGCUCCGUGUGCAAACCCAUCCCGAGCACCCUGUCGUUGUGUCACGGCAUCGGCUACCGACGCAUGUGGAUCCCCAACCUGCUCGGUCACGACAGCCUGCGAGAGGCACAGCAGCAGUCCGCGGCCUGGCUGCCCCUCGUCUCCAAGCUGUGCCACGGGGACACCAAGAAGUUCCUCUGCUCCCUGUUCGCGCCCGUCUGCCUGCCGGAGCUCAGCAGCCCCGUCAGCCCCUGCAGGAGCCUGUGCGAGGCCGUGCGGGACGGAUGCGUGCCCGUCAUGAGCGCCUUUGGCUUCCCCUGGCCAGAGAUGUUCAACUGCUCCCGGUUCCCCCGGGGAACCGAGCUCUGCAUCCCGGCAACCGAGGCGCGCGAGGGGCGGACUGAAGAGGAGGUCCGGCACGAGGAGGAGCUCAAGGGGAGCAUCAUUUGCGAUGUGUGCAGUCUGGCUGCAGAGGGAGAAGGUGACAUCCAAGAAAACUUCUGCCACAGUCCGUACGCCUUGAAGAUCCGUCUGGACAGCGUGUCUACAGUGGGACGGGACCGCCAGCUGGUGCCCCAUGCCCGCAGCCGCAUCCUCCGGUGGGCAGGCGGAGGCGCAGAGAGGGUUCAGGAAUUUGGAAGUGCAAUGAUCUAUGGCGCUCUGUGGCUGCAAGAGGGCGGCAGCUGUAUCUGCCCCGGACUGGACGCUGGAAGGGUCAAAGAAGAUGCAGAGUCGGCUGAGGGGCAGAUGGAUAGGAAGGAAAUCAAAGAUGGAGGGAAAGUGGAGAAAGCAACCCCUGGUGGGUGGUUCUUAACCUUGGCUCAGGCUGAGGAGGGAAGACUGGUGCUGACUCGACUGGUGAGGUGGACCAGAGGGGACAGAGAACUCAGGAAGUUCAUCAGAGCGCUCAUCAAAAAACCUUGUCCAGAAGUUUAAAGUCAUUAGCAUUUGUGCUGCUGAAGUUUUAUUAACUCACAGCACAAAGUGUCCAUUUAGGACGUUUAGCAGGUCCCAAAUAUUGCAGACAAGUCACAUACACUAUGGACCAAACAGUAUGACUAGGAAAAAAAAAAGAUAACAUGUUAACAUGAUUUGGAGCACAUCUGUAAAUGUAAAGAAAGGAAAAGCGAGUAUUUUACAUCCUUUAAACUGGGGCAGGACGAUGUAUUUUGAAGACACAGGCAAAACUGAAAGUAUUUCUUUGUGUACUUAUUGUAAACGUGUUUUCAUAAAUAUUUGCAUAAAAACCUACAGCCUGUC